GGGAGACCAGAUAUAGUGAAUGCAGGGUCUGGGGAGAGCAGAUAUAGUGAAUGCAGGGUCCGGGGAGAGCAGAUAUAGUGAAUGCAGGGUCCAGGGAGAGCAGAUAUAGUGAAUGCAGGGUCCGGGGAGAGAGCGGAUAUAGUGAAUGCAGGGUCCGGGAGAGUGGAUAUAGUGAAUGCAGGGUCCGGGGAGAGCAGAUAUAGUGAAUGCAGGGUGUGGGGAGACCGGAUAUAGUGAAUGCAGGGUCCUGGGGAGAGCGGAUAUAGUGAAUGCAGGGUCCGGGGAGACCGGAUAUAGUGAAUGCAGGGGUCCAGGGAGAGCAGAUAUAGUGAAUGCAGGGUUCAGGGGAGAGCAGAUAUAGUGAAUGCAGGGUCCGGGGAGAGACCGAUAUAUAGUGAAUGCAGGGUCCGGGGAGAGCGGAUAUAGUGAAUGCAGGGUCCGGGGAGAG